UCCCCUUGGCCAGCCCGCCCCAGGCCCCGGGUGCCCGCUCCCGCCCCGCGGCCCGCUCUCCCUGCCCACCCCGGCUCGGCUCCCGUCGCCCGCGCAGCCCGCCGCAGCCGCGGGCAGACCCAACGCUCCAGCUCGGCUCAGCUCCGCUCCGGUGCGCGCCGCGGCCAUGCAGCGCCGGGGCGCCCUGUUCGGCAUGCCGGGCGGCAGCAGCAGCAGGAAGAUGGCUGCAGGAGACAUCGGCGAGCUGCUGGUGCCCCACAUGCCCACGAUCCGCGUGCCCAGGUCCGGGGACCGGGUCUACAAAAACGAGUGCGCAUUCUCCUACGACUCUCCCAAUUCUGAAGGUGGGCUCUAUGUAUGCAUGAAUACAUUUUUGGCCUUUGGAAGGGAACACGUGGAAAGACAUUUUCGAAAAACUGGACAGAGUGUCUACAUGCACCUGAAGAGACAUGUGCGUGAGAAGGUAAGAGGGGCAUCUGGUGGAGCUUUGCCCAAAAGGAGGAAUUCGAAGAUUUUUUUAGAUCUAGAUACUGAUGACGAUUUAAAUAGCGACGAUUAUGAAUAUGAAGAUGAAGCCAAACUUGUUAUAUUCCCAGACCACUAUGAAAUAGCACUACCAAAUAUUGAGGAGUUACCAGCCCUGGUAACAAUUGCCUGUGAUGCAGUUCUCAGUUCAAAAUCUCCAUACAGAAAGCAGGACCCAGACACGUGGGAAAAUGAAUUGCCAGUAUCCAAAUAUGCCAAUAACCUCACCCAGUUGGACAAUGGAGUCAGGAUUCCUCCAAGUGGUUGGAAGUGUGCCAGGUGUGACCUGCGGGAAAACCUCUGGUUGAAUCUGACUGACGGCUCCGUGCUGUGUGGGAAGUGGUUCUUUGACAGCUCUGGAGGCAACGGGCAUGCACUGGAGCAUUACAGAGACCUGGGCUACCCUCUAGCUGUGAAGCUGGGAACCAUCACUCCUGACGGGGCAGAUGUUUAUUCUUUCCAAGAAGAGGAAGCUGUUUUGGAUCCUCAUUUGGCCAAGCACUUAGCGCAUUUUGGAAUUGAUAUGCUUCAUAUGCAUGGGACAGAGAACGGGCUCCAGGACAAUGACAUCAAGCCUCGGGUCAGCGAGUGGGAGGUGAUCCAGGAGACUGGGACGAAGCUGAAGCCCAUGUAUGGCCCCGGGUACACAGGCCUCAAGAACCUGGGCAACAGCUGCUACCUCAGCUCUGUCAUGCAGGCCAUCUUCAGCAUCCCGGAGUUCCAGAGAGCGUAUGUUGGAAAUCUGCCAAGAAUAUUUGACUACUCUCCUUUAGAUCCAACACAAGAUUUCAACACACAGAUGACUAAGUUAGGACAUGGCCUUCUCUCAGGCCAGUAUUCAAAACCUCCAGUGAAAUCUGAACUCAUCGAACAGGUGAUGAAGGAGGAACACAAGCCUCAACAGAAUGGGAUCUCUCCACGAAUGUUUAAGGCCUUUGUGAGCAAGAGCCACCCAGAAUUCUCUUCCAACAGACAGCAGGAUGCCCAAGAAUUUUUCUUACACCUGGUGAAUCUAGUAGAGAGGAACCGCAUUGGCUCAGAAAACCCAAGUGACGUUUUUCGGUUUUUGGUGGAAGAACGCAUUCAGUGCUGUCAGACCCGGAAAGUCCGCUACAUGGAGAGGGUGGAUUACCUGAUGCAGUUACCCGUGGCCAUGGAGGCGGCGACCAACAAGGAUGAGUUGAUCGCCUAUGAACUAACGAGAAGGGAAGCAGAAGCAAAUAGAAGACCCCUUCCUGAGUUGGUGCGUGCCAAGAUACCAUUUAGUGCCUGCCUUCAGGCCUUUUCUGAACCAGAAAACGUUGAUGAUUUCUGGAGCAGUGCCCUACAAGCAAAGUCUGCGGGUGUGAAAACAUCUCGCUUUGCCUCAUUCCCUGAAUACUUGGUAGUGCAGAUAAAGAAGUUCACUUUUGGUCUUGACUGGGUUCCCAAAAAAUUUGAUGUUUCUAUUGAUAUGCCAGACCUACUUGAUAUCAACCAUCUCCGAGCCAGGGGGUUACAGCCAGGAGAAGAGGAACUUCCAGACAUCAGUCCCCCCAUAGUUAUUCCUGAUGACUCAAAAGAUCGUCUGAUGAACCAAUUGAUAGACCCCUCAGAAAUUGAUGAGUCAUCGGUGAUGCAGCUGGCUGAGAUGGGCUUUCCCCUGGAAGCGUGUCGGAAGGCUGUGUAUUUUACUGGAAACAUGGGAGCUGAGGUGGCCUUCAACUGGAUCAUUGUUCACAUGGAAGAGCCAGAUUUUGCUGAACCGCUGACCAUGCCUGGUUAUGGAGGAGCAGCUUCUGCUGGAGCCUCUGUUUUUGGUGCUACUGGAUUGGACAACCAACCUCCGGAGGAAAUUGUAGCUAUCAUUACUUCCAUGGGUUUCCAUCGAAAUCAGGCUGUUCAGGCACUUCGCGCCACGAAUAGUAACCUGGAAAGAGCACUGGAUUGGAUCUUUAGCCACCCUGAGUUUGAGGAGGACAGCGACUUUGUGAUCGAGAUGGAGAAUAAUGCCAAUGCGAACAUUAUUUCGGAGGCCAAGCCUGAAGGACCCAGAGUCAAGGAUGGAUCUGGAACAUAUGAAUUGUUUGCGUUCAUCAGUCACAUGGGAACAUCUACAAUGAGUGGCCAUUAUGUUUGCCACAUAAAAAAGGAAGGAAGGUGGGUAAUCUACAAUGACCACAAAGUUUGUGCCUCAGAAAGGCCCCCUAAAGACCUGGGCUACAUGUACUUUUACCGCAGGAUACCAAGCUAAACCUGGACGUACAGAUUGGCGAGAAGAAGCCAUACGCCUUUUUAAUUUACCAAAAAAAAAAAAAAAAAGUAAGAAGCUGGGACAGCCAGACGUGAAGGAAUACAUGGAGUAUUUAUAGUUUAUUUAAAGAACAUCAUUUGAUGCCUUCUGAAAUAGAACUGGGAGGAAAUUUCUAUUAGUGAUGAUACACUCCUGUAGAUAGUUUUUCUUUUUAUAAAUGUUUAAGAAGAGGGUGAUUGAAAAAAAAAAUAUUCAUGUUGCUGGUGAGGGGUCUGCCACUGGCACAUCAAAACAGGAAGUGCCACCAGCCCUCGAUUUUGCUUUGGGGGUCAGUGGUAGUGGCCUCCAGAGAAACCACGUAAUGGGGCCAGUUGUGUAGCCUCAGCCGAGAUAGACCCAAAAAGCCCACUUUUGUUUCAUAUCGAAAAUCAGCAACUGGGCUGGGCUUUUAUUUGUGACAUAUUUUUUUUUCAUUACACACAGUAAUUUCUGACCUCUCCAUGAAUAGUAGGUUAGAACAUCUGCGAUGAAAGAUAUUUUUAAUUUAAUCAUAUCAAAAUUCAUAUGAUUGUGUGAAUGUGUGUGAGAAUGAGACCGAGAGUGUGAGACCUUUAUAGUCAAUGAGAAAACCUGUGACCGGUUGGUUUUUAAGGGUUAAAAUAGUUGAUAUUAAGCAUAGCCGGAAAAGGCAAGUAAAUAUUUUAAAGAAACUAUAACUCAGGAACAGUUUAAAGAAUUAGUUCCCCACUUAGUUUUUCAGGCGUAAAAAGGGCUGUGGUCCCUUUGAGUGCUGUUAAGACUACACAUGGGUUUGUGACAUUUGGCGGUUUGAAGGCAGAUGCCCACAGCAGCACCGUAUUGUUCUUUGCCAAAGGUAGAUGAAUUCUGUUUCUCAGCAGCUCCCCCCGCCCCCCGACAAGGCGUAGUCCUGUGUGUUGUUAGAAAAAUUACUGAUCUCUUCUCUCCAUAACACAUGACAACUCCCUGGAAUCAUGUUAAGUGCCCCAAAUUUGUCUGUAAUUUUCUCAUCCCCCAGCUCUUUGCUUGUCUCCAUGUCUGUUUUCUGGGGCCAGAGUCUCACCUCUGCCCUUUCUUAGCUAAUCACCUCCUGACUUGCCUUUGUUCCUUAUCUGCUGUGACCAGCAGUGUGAUCUUGGACAGUUGAAGGGUUUCAGAUGCAAGGAAACUUUACAUAACCAUCGUUAGGAAAGACCAUCAUUUCCAUUUUGGUAUUUCAGUAGUUUAGUUGCAAAUUGGAAUUAGAUGAGUGUUUCAGAUGUGAUGAAAAUGUAGAAUGAUAGUGCUCUAUAAUUUUCCUACCACUCUGUACCAAAUGCUAGGGUCUCUAGAGUUUCUGUUUCAGAUUAUUCAGUCAGAUAAAAAAGGACUUCUGCUACCUGCUUAAUCUUGGACUGGUAGAACAGAUCUUUCCAGAAGCUGUAGGAAAAUAAAGUAGAACCAUUUGGGUGAAAUAUAGCACAGAAUCUCACAAUUCUUUGAGAUACAGAAAUUGUUCAUGACUCACAUGUCAUGAUCCAGUCAAGAUUCUGGUGAGGACAGGGGCCCUUCUCACAGGAGAUAAUGCUCUGUGAGCAAGGGAAGUGGAUUCUGAGGCCUGUGGCCCGGGACCUGGGUGCUGCCCAGAGCUGGGCAAGUCCCUCACCCUCCCUGUGCCUCACUUACCUGCACGAUGGUGUGAUGGCCCUGCCCUCUCUUUCCACCUGUGCUUUGAGGAUCCAGUGAAGAGCGGGUGAUGGUGCUCCCAGUGGCAUCCUGGUGGAGGAUGCAUCCUCUCUCCUCUCCUGAGGUGUUCUUCAGUUUGGGAGCAAAUGAGAGGGCAGAAGGAGGGAGCUUAUGGGGCAGUAACUCUCUCAACUCUGUCCUCUGGUGUUGCCUUUUCACAUCGUCUCGGACGUCCCAAAGCAGUCCCACUCUGUGUCCCCGCCUCCUGUAGAAACCCCCACACUAAGCAGCCUCCUUAGGGCUGAGUAUCAUAGAGUAAUGACUCCAAACACACAUCAAUAUCCAGUCUCCUUAGGGCUGAGUGUCAUAGAGUAAUGACUCCAAACACACAUCAAAAAUGACUUUUCACUGCAAUUAUGAAGUGGAGACCUUUUCUGGGGGUGGGAGGGUGAUUGGGUUUUGGAUUGAAUUGUGGGACAAAGAUAGCAUGUGUAUUUUGAACAAAAUAAAUUUUAUAAUCUUUGCAAAAUGAGUGGCACAAAGUCAGUAUCUAAGUUUACAGGCUACACAUUAUUUAACUCAUUAAGUAGAAAAAGAAAUUUUAGCCCUUUUGAUACCUAAACAUAUCGUAAGAAGUGGAAUAUGGCGGCCUUUUUUUCUUCCUGCCUCACAAAACAAAGGGCUAUUUCUAUAAGGCAAAGUUUUGUAUAUAUGCUCUUUAUUUCAGGUUGAGAGUUGGGAAAAACUGGAGCAAAUACUGGUUUUCUUUCAUGCUUAUAAAUGUAUUUAUAUGUAUAUCCUAACAUAUUCAAGGCAGAUAAAAAAGUCUGGGAAUCAAAGUCUGGGAUAUAUUGCUUAAUUUUUCACAUGUAUAUAGAUGAGAUUAUUUAUGACAGAAAACUGGAAUCAUGUGCGUAUUUUGUCAACUGAUCAUCAGCCUUUUAGGAGUCUUCUGUGUGAGGCGUGGUGGUGUAAUUGUGAAAUUCUCACUGUGUGGGUAUAUGUGUGAAAGACAGCACUUUCUUCCUGUAAAUAUCUUUUGAUAUCCAUUUGUGUAGAAUCCCCAUGAAUGUAUCUUUGGAAAAUAUAGUGUAUCAACAUUUUCGUUUUGUCAAUUGAUCUAAAUGCCCACAUAAUGAGUCAGAAAUCCAGUUGUUUGGAUUGGGAUUGGGGGGCGGGGAGAGAAAGUAUGCAGAAGGGACUAUUAAGAAGCCUCAUGUUUUCAUGCCAUUUUAUGUCAGCAUUGCUUUACCAUUUUGAAAUGACCUGCUGUUUUCUCCCACCUACAAGAGAAUGUGCCUGCCAUUCCCUGUGCUCACUGUGGGCUGUAAGGAGAAACUCUAGCCUGUUACCCCCAACAUGGCUUAUUCCCUUGCCCUGAAUGGGGUCAGCCCUUACCUGCCAUUCAUAGUGAGAGCACCUGAGUUUGUAGCCUGAUUCCACUUGUCAGUGUGACAAGUGUCACUUUCCCUUUCUAGGUCUUUUUCUUUACAACGAGUGGGUCAGACCUGAGAAGCUCAGAUGUUCCUUGCUGUCGUAACAUUUAAUUCUACUUUUAUUUUCCUAUGGUUACUACCAGGGUGAGACAUGGAGGAUGCUAAGGGAUCACACAGAGGUUAGAUGAUGUUUCUGGUCUGUUGUAGCUCAUGCACCCCACUUUAGAAGCUGCCUUGAUAAUAGGGUCCCCACCCCAACUUCUAGUCCCACUUUCUUGGGUAGUUAAUUUCUUUGGUAAUUAUCCCAUUUUUUUCCCCUCCCACUCUUGAAACUCUCCACUUCCCAGUUGGUAAGGCAUUUUGUUAACGUCCUCCUCAAAAAUGAAAAAUUUGUUUUAAACCCAUCCUACUCUGCAAAACCUCAGACCUACCUUCAGCAAACACUGUAACCUUUCUGGGAUAUUCUCUUAUUUGGUUAUAGCUAUGAUCCUCAAGUACAUUUUUAUACACAGAAAGGAUGUCUUUUCAUCUUGGAGGCAUCGUUGUUGCCAAAUCAAAUCAUCCGUGCCAGCCAUCUGUCGGGAGAUGGCCCGUAUUGGGAGCAGGAUGGGGGAGAGGAUUAGAUAAGAUGUGAUUUUAUCCUUUACCUAAGGUCAGAAGUCCUCGGUUAUAGGAUAAGGUUCUGUACCCUUAGGCGGGUGUUUAAGAUUGCCUGUGCAGUGCCACAGAGAUUACCUGCUUAGUAAAUCAUCCUGCAAGACUUUAUUUUACAGUUUUCCACAUCUGCACUAUUCAGUGGAGCUGUCCCUGGCCACGUGUGGCUAAUGACCUCUGGAAAUGCUGCUUGUCCACACUGAGGUGCAGUGCACAGGAAAUGCACACCAGAUCUUUAAAAUAUGGAAACAAAAAAGGGAAACAUAAAAUAGUGCAUCAAUAUUUUAUAUAGAUUGUAUGCUAAAAUGAUACUUUUAGAUAUAUCAAGUAAGAAUUAUUAAAGUUUCACUUAUUCUUUUUUAUCUUUUUUUAAAUGUAGCUACCAAAAAAAUUGAAAUUAGCCCCGCUGUAUACUUUUACUGGACAGUGCUUCUCUAGACCAGGUGUUGUGGGGGAGGCAGCAAGAUGCUGUAGGUAUGGAAGGUAAUUCUGUGAAGAGUGCAGGCAGACAGAAGCAACACAAGUAUUUUCACUGGAGUCAGGAGCACUGUGAGGCACAGAAUGCCUUCCAGAAAGCAGAUUUUUCUACGUAAGAACCCAUAUAUAUAAGGCCCUAAUUAAAACCAAAAGCAAAGGAGCCCAAACCCCAUUCAUUCAGCUUUGCCUAGAAGCUGCCAACUUUGCAUUUAUUUUUCAAGCAUCUUCCAGGUGCUGAGGACGUUAGCCACAUGAAGGUGUUGGGUGGAUUUGUUUCACUUUGGGCAACAUUCUCUUGUGGUCUCCCCUCCCCAGGUAUUGUUUUGUCUAUUCAGAGCUGGGUGUGUUGAAAUACUGUGCAAAUCUCACCGCUUCUGGCCUCGGCGGGGCUGAGCCUGUGGCCUGUGCCCACCUGCCUGGAAGGUUUUGAUGUUGGCUCCUGAGUUUGUGUUUAUUUUGCACUAGUCACAGUUGUUGUUUGAAAUAUCUCACAUGUGUUGGGAGACUAUUUGCCUGUGAUGGAAAGAGAGAUGGAUGAUUUAUUGCUUCAAUUGUUUUAAAUUAAAAGCUAUUCUCACAAUC